AUGCGACGUGACGGCGGAGCAGAAGCACUGGUCUUCGGCUGCAGUCCAUACCGACAUGAAACGGUGCCGCAAAGCUUGCUAAUAUGCUGCGGUGGAGUAGCCAAGCUGAAUGCGGCUUCUUUUGAAAGCUCCCUUCAUUCGGCUCAUCCGCAACUACGCUCCGAUGUGAGCCGGCUAGCAUGUGGGUCGACGCAGCCCCACACGAGCGUGUGUCCGCAUGCCGUACGUGGCAAAUCAGCACCCUUGGUGACCGUAAAAAGCGUCGUUCCAUUUAAAAACGCCGACGGGAGUGGCGGCUCUAAUAAC